AGUGCGGGGGGGGGGGGGUGUUGGUUAGACGUGAGGGUCCCCGACACCCCCGGUUUUCUGACGUUGAACAGGCCAAGCAGUACCAAGAAGGUGGGCAUCGUGGGUAAAUACAGGACCCGCUAUGGCGCCUCCCUGGGGAAGAUGGUGAAGAAGAUCGAGAUCAGCCAGCACGCCAAGUACACCUGCUCCUUCUGCGUCAAGACCAAGAUGAAGCGGCGAGCCGUGGGCAUCUGGCACUGCGGCUCUGGCAUGAAGACUGUCGUCAGUGGGUCCUGGACCUACAACACCACUUCUGCUGUCACAGUGAAGUCAGCCAACAGAAGACUGAAGGAGCUGAAAGACCAGUAGAGUUGCUACCACCUGCAAUAUUACUAGCCUGUAAUAAAUGGGUUAAUUUAUAAUAGUGAAAAAAGUGUUUUUUAAAAAAUAUUUUGCGGGGAGUCGGGCUGUAGCGCAGCGGGUUAAGCGCAGGUGGCGCAAAGCACAAGGACCGGCAUAAGGAUCCUGGUUCAAACCCCGGCUUCCCACCUGCAGGGGAGUCGCUUCACAGGCGGUGAAGCAGG